CAUCACGUACUCGCGCCUUCACCGAUUAUAAUCGUGCGAUUGGGGUGCUGUGGAGCUGAAUGAGCCAUCUCCACCCUGCAUUUAUUCAGUUAUGCUCCGAGAGCCCAAGGAGGAGCUAGCAAACCUCAGUGGAGUGUAUGCGACUCCUUCGAACCCUGCUCCUGAGAAGGCGAUGGUUAUCUGGAUAUCUGUCAACAAGGGUCGCAUCGCGCAGCCGCGCGCGAGACUUUCAUCUUCUUACAUUCACUGCCAUAACGGACGAUCAGCGCUCUCAGCGAAGAGACCGUCUCCCUCAAGAGAUUGACGCCUCGUAUGUUGUGGUGACGCAUAGAAGCUCGUCACCGUCCGGUAUGCCCUGCAAUCUUCUAGGGUGCGUCGCGGAUAUAGCGCUUCUUGUUCGUCUUGAGCAUUGCUGUACUCCUGCUCGCUCUGAUUGUCUUGCUGGUUUCCGAGUGGGUUUGUGCGCGGGUUUUGCCAUGCUCUGUGCUCUUCUGUGAAUGUCGUUUCGCCAUCUGCGUACGAUCCACAACGAUCUUAGACAUCUCGUCUUGUAUCAGUAUGCUGGCAUGCUCUGAAUCCUCCUGCAGGAAUGUCAACGGGUGAGACCUGUCGACCAGGUCAAGUUCGGCUGGAUAUUAUCAUGUCCUAUU